GCUGCUCCAGUGUCAACUUCAGAUUCAGUGUGAACAAGCUGCAGUGAGUCUUCCUCAUCCUCCACACAGAGGACAAAAUGAAGACAGAGUAUUCUUUGGAGAAGGACGAUACAGAUGGAGUCGCUUUUGACGAUGGUUUUCGAUGGAGACCUGCAUCAUCCUCCAGUGCAGAAUAUAUUGAUAACAACAACAGCAAAACAGCCAACCCUUCCUCAUUCAAAAAAUACCAGAAAAACCUUCAGACCCUCAAACCGAUCCGCUUCUCCUCAUCACAGUCCCACCCUGUGGACAAUGCAGGUUUUCUGUCCUUUUCAACCUUUGCCUGGAUGACCCCCAUGAUGUGGUCUGUGUUCAGGAAUAAACUGGACAUGAGCGCUCUCAAUCUGUCUCCAAUGGACAUAGCUGAUACCAGUGGAGAAAGGCUCCAAAGACUCUGGGAGGAAGAAGUAGCAAAGGUUGGCCUGGAGAAGGCCUCUUUGGUUCGAGUCACCCUUCGCUUUCAAAGAACGAGGCUGAUUGUGUCUGUCAUUGUUGGCAUCCUUGCCAUGGUGGCAGCAUUUCUGGGCCCGGCUGUUCUGGUCUAUAAGAUCUUAAACUACGCUGAAAAUCCGUCGCUGUCCACAGUGGGACAUGGUAUUGGUCUGGCCUUCGGUUUGUUCUUCUCAGAGUUCAGCAAAGCCUUCCUAAUAUCUUUACUGUGGGCGUUGAACCUGCGCACUGCAGUCAGACUGAAGGGUGCUUUCUCGUCAGUGGCCUUCCAGAAAGUGAUCUCUUUGAGGGUGCACAGCGGCAUUUCAAUGGGAGAGAUGAUUAAUGUACUGACCAACGAUGGACACAAGUUAUUUGAGGCAGUAUUGUUCGGGAGCUUUGUGCUGUCCACCCCUGUCCUCUUUAUUGUGUGUAUCGUCUAUGCCUGCUACAUUCUGGGUUACACUGCACUGACUGGAGUCUGCACUUACCUCAUCUUCAUCCCUGUGCAGUUCUUCUUGGCCAAGCUCAUUAACAAAUUCCGAUGGAAAGCCAUGCUGAUAACUGACAGCCGUGUUCGCACAAUGAACGAGAUUCUCAACAGCAUCAAACUUAUCAAGAUGUACGCCUGGGAAGAUUCCUUUGAGAAGAAGAUUGCAGGCUUAAGGAAAACAGAGAAGAAAGAAUUGCAGAGGGUUAGCUACGUCCAGAAUAUCAAUAGCAGCAUCACCAGCAUCAUCCCCACCACUGCCACAGUUUUCACCUUCGUCGUGCACACUCUGUUGGGCUUAAGUCUCAACACAUCUGACGCGUUCACCACCAUCGCCAUCUUCAACUCCAUGAGGUUCUGCUUGGCUCUAAUGCCCCUGUCUGUGAAGGCCCUGGCUGAGGCUGCUGUGUCAAUAUCACGACUGAGGAAAAUAUUGCUGAUCCAGAAUCCAGACCCCUACCUGGUGCAGAAGCAUAACAGGGAUUCAGCCAUAGUGAUGAAAAAUGCAACACUUUCCUGGACCAAACCAGACAGACAGCUGGACUCCCCACCCAGCACAGCCAACGGAGUGAACGCAUACAAAGCGGAUGAAAUGCCGCAGUAUGAGAAUACUGAAACUCUGCCAACCCUGAGAAACAUCUCCUUCACACUGCCUAAGGGCAACCUGCUGGGUGUUUGUGGGAACGUGGGGAGUGGAAAGACAUCACUGAUUUCCAGCAUUUUGGAGCAGAUGCACCUCCUGAAGGGCUCUGUCACAGCUGAUGGGACAUUUGCCUACGUUUCCCAGCAGGCCUGGAUAUUCCAUGGGACUGUUCAAGAAAACAUCCUGAUGGGGGAACCAUUUGACCAGGCCAAAUACGACAGAGUUUUGGAUGUCUGUAGCCUCAGAACUGACCUGGCAAUCCUCCCAUAUGGUGAUCAAACUGAGAUUGGAGAGCGAGGUCUGAAUCUGUCAGGGGGACAGAAACAGAGGAUCAGCCUGGCCAGAGCUGUCUACUCCAAUAAGGAAAUCUUCCUCCUUGACGAUCCCCUAUCAGCUGUAGACGCCCACGUGGGGAAACACAUUUUUGAAGAAUGCAUUAAGAAGGAGCUCCAGGGGAAAUCUGUCAUACUGGUUACACACCAGCUGCAGUAUCUGGAGUUCUGUGAUGACAUUUUGGUUCUGGAGGAUGGCGAGGUGAGGGAAGCUGGAGACCACCAUGCCUUGAUGAAAGCCAACGGACGCUACGCUCAGCUCAUCAGCAACUACCAGAUGGAGCAAUCCAAAACUCCGGAGGAGGAGGAUGAAGUGUUACCUCAAGACACUUCCCAGCUGAAUGAGGUUGAGCUAAGAGACCGUGCAGACAGUGGGGUAGUCAACCCAGCAUUUGACAUGUCAGAAGAAAAGGAUGAUGGAAUGGCAGCUGACCAAAAAUCUGCUGUCGGUGAUCAGCUAGUCGUUCAGGAGUCAACCACAGAAGGUGCCGUCUCCUGGAGAGUCUACCAGCGAUACUGCAAAGCAGCUGGAGGAUACUUUGUCACCUUCCUUACCAUCCUGAACAUCGUCCUGAUGAUCGGAUUCACAGCCUUCAGCAACUGGUGGCUCAGCUUCUGGCUCGGGCAGGGUAAUGGGGUGAGGACCAAGACUUUAUCUCUCUCAAACACAUAUACAGAAUAUUCACAAUGUCUUAAAAAUCAUAUAUUUUCUGUAUUUUUUCCUGGUCAGACUUCAACCCAUGCCAGCGUCUCAGAUAAUCCAAAUCUGGAAUUCUACCAAAUUAUUUAUGGUGUGGGAGUGAUUGCCAUGGUGCUACUCGCCAUCAUCAAAUGCUUCUUCUACACUCGGGUCACCUUGAACGCCGGCUGCAAACUCCAUGACACCAUGUUCAGGAAUAUUAUUGCCAGUCCUAUGAGUUUCUUCGAUACAACGCCAACUGGCCGCAUUCUCAACCGCUUUUCCAAAGAUCAAGAGGAGGUGGACACUGUGCUUCCCCUCCACAUGGACCCUUUCUUGCAGUUUUGUCUAAUGGUCACAUGCACCAUUAUCAUCAUCUCAGCUGUCUUCCCUCCCAUGCUGGUGGCUGUGCUUAUUAUGGGAGCUUUGUUCACUGUCAUUCUCUUCAUAUUCCAGCGGAGUAUCCGCCAGAUGAAAAGGAUGGAGAACAUUAGUCGCUCUCCCUGCAUCUCUCUCACCACCUCUACGCUGCAGGGCCUCAGCACCAUCCAUGCCUACAACAUAAGAGACAGCCACAUAAGCAUGUUCAAGUUACUGAAUGACAUCAACUCCAACCACUAUUUACUGUUUCACUCUGGGACACGUUGGCUCUCCUUCUGGCUGGACUUCAUGGCUUCGACCAUGGCCUUGAUGGUGGCUCUGUUCGUAGUGCUCACAGAUGACGAAGUCAUCAGCCCAGCUUUAAAAGGCUUGGCCAUGUCCUACACCAUACAGUUGACAGGCAUGCUUCAGUACGUAGUGAGGCAGGCAACAGAGGUGGAAGCGAGGUUUAACUCAGUGGAGCGGCUGCAGGAAUACAUCACGGACUGUAAGUCUGAGGCCCCCAGACACAUAAAAGAGGCUCAGAUCCCAGAGCACUGGCCAAAGAGUGGAGCCAUCACCUUCCAGGACUAUAAGAUGAGGUACAGGGAGAAUACACCCAUUGUCCUGAACGGGCUCAAUUUCCGCAUCCAAGCUGGAGAGAAACUGGGCAUUGUGGGAAGGACAGGCUCUGGGAAGUCCUCGUUAGGCGUGGCUCUGUUCAGGCUGGUGGAGCCGGCAGGAGGAACCAUCCUGAUAGAUGGAGUAGACGUUAUGGCCAUUGGUCUGCAGGACCUGCGCAGCAAAUUGUCAAUCAUCCCCCAGGAUCCUGUGCUAUUUAUUGGCACCGUCAGAUACAACCUGGACCCCUUCAAUAACUACACUGAUGAGGAGAUCUGGGCAGCACUGGACAAGACCUACAUGAAGGACUCAAUCUCCAGACUGGAGGGGCGACUACAGGCAGAGGUGCUGGAGAAUGGAGAGAACUUCUCUGUUGGAGAAAGACAACUGAUGUGUAUGGCUAGAGCACUACUCCGCAACUCCAAGAUCAUUCUUUUGGAUGAGGCAACAGCAUCCAUCGAUGCAGAGACGGAUGCCUUGAUCCAGAACACUAUCAAAGAAGCUUUCCAGGACUGCACCAUGCUCACCAUCGCCCAUCGUAUCAACACCGUGAUGAACACAGAUCGUAUUCUGGUCAUGGACAAUGGAGAGGUGGCAGAGUUGGACAGCCCAGAUGUGCUGAAGCAACGACCAGACUCUUUGUUCUACUCACUCCUGACCUCUGCUAACACUGUGAACACUUAAAUCAAACGCAAUAACAUAAAACUAAUUAUUCCUUCACACAGCAAUAUUACCCAUAUUAUAAUAUGGACGGCUCAUAGCAGGUGUAACUGCACAGCAGUGAUGGGGUUUAAUAUUCAUGCAGAAAUAUUGUUAAUGUGUAAAUAGUGAUAUUUUUAUUUGAAUAUGUGAACUCUUUCACAAGGUGUGGAAAUGAUCUGUCAUGUUCACUGUAUUUAAAACAUAUUAUUUAUUGAUUUUCUAUGUUUUUGUUUGCUGCCACUUUACAAAUGACUACACAUGAAGUUUCGAUCUGUUGUGUGAAAUGCACUAUAGAUGCAAUAUAUUUUUAAAUAGCUAAUCCGUUUUAGCAUGUAUCAAGUGUAUCAACAUACUGUAACUAAUGUAACAUGAUC